ACGUUGGCAUCUCACAGAAAACAAUCCCAACAUUUUUGUACGAUGAAGAAAAACUUUUUUAGUGAUAAUCAGGUUUCCGAAAAUUGAAGGAGAAUAACUGAUAAUGCUCCAGUAGGAUUGUGGCAACCGACAGUGAAGCAAGCGUUCAAAUUUUGAAAUAGCUCCAGUCCAAGUUCUUAAUAAUCUAAGCGCUUAAGUAUCGUUGUUGUGCACGUUGUUCUCGUUCGGAAGUGUAAUGGAUGCACCAACCAGACUAUCAGAAUCGAUAGAGAAGGAGAUAGUUAGCACCAGUAGUGGCGAUACCGUUACAUUAGUGUGGCAAAAUUUGACCAUUAGCAGCCAAACACGAAGCAGCUGGACUACAAUUGUGCAUAAUGUAAGCGGUACAUUGCUUCCGGGGAGCCUGGUGGCUCUAAUGGGACCCAGUGGGGCCGGCAAGAGUACUCUGAUGGCAGCGUUGGCCCAUCGGAGCUCAGCGGACAUCACCACAACAGGCGAAAUUCGACUUAACGGCAACAGAACCGGUCCCUACAUGUACAACAUCAGCGGAAUCAUCUACCAAGAUGAGCUAUUCGGCGGGGAGCUAACAGUUGGCGAGCAUAUGCACCUCAUGGCCAAUCUAAAACUGGGACCCUCGAUGUCUACUCACCGGAAACACGUUUUGAUUAACGACCUGUUAAUUCAAACAAACCUACUGCAAUCCUACCACACCCGAAUCGGCCAAGUCGGCGUACGAAAGACCAUCUCCGGUGGCGAAAGAAAGCGUCUUGCCUUCGCAGUAGAAUUGCUUUCCCAUCCGAAGAUACUGUUCUGUGACGAACCUACAACCGGACUGGAUUCGUACAACGCUAGCCAAGUGGUGCAGAUGAUGCGAAGAUUGACACGAUCCGGAACAUCGGUCAUGUGCACUAUCCAUCAACCGUCGGACGAAUUGUUCUACAUGUUCGACAGCGUGAUCCUGCUCUCGAACGGGCGGACAGCAUUCAUGGGAAGGCCCCAUGAAGCGAUACGGUUCUUCGAUCGAUUGGGGGUGGUUCGGCCAGAGCAUUGCACAACUGCUGAGUACUUCAUCGGCUGCCUUUCGAGUUGUAGGAAUACUUCAAAUCGAGUGCGACCCGAAUCGAUAUGCGACCAAUAUGAACGCAGCGACGUCUACCAUCAACAGAAGUUGCUCAUAAGCUCCGAAAUUCUGUUGUCGGAAUAUGGCUACAGAUCAUCAUUUGAAACGAGCGAAUCUCAUCUGCGAAACAACUGGUUCUACACGUUGAAUUGUUUGAUCAGAAGGAACUUUCUCUGUUCUCAUCGAAAUCCACAACUGCAGUACAUGAAACUGGCACAAAGGCUUGUUAUCGCCAUUUUGGUAGGACUGUGCUUUUCCAGCACAAUUGACCUGAGCCAAAGCGGAGCUCAAGCCGUGCAGGGAAUUAUCUUUCUAAUCGUUUCGGAGAAUACCUUUCUGCCGAUGUAUGCCGUUUUGUCGGUAUUUCCGGAAUCCUUUCCGUUGUUUCUGCGAGAACGUAAGGCGAACCUGUAUGGAACGGCGCAGUUCUACAUCGCCCAGAUUGUGGCCAUGCUUCCGUUUGUCCUGCUUGAGUCCACAACGUUCAUCCUGAUAGUGUACUACCUGGCACAUCUUCGACCUACUCUACUAGGACUUGUUUGCACCGUGGCCGCUUGUACCUUGGUCAUGAACGUCUCCAUGGCGUGCGGAUGCUUUUUCUCCACAAUGUUCUCCUCCGUUCCGAUGGCUAUGUCCUACCUAGUUCCCUUCGAUUACAUUCUGAUGAUAACGUCCGGAAUCUUCAUUCGGAUAUGGACCAUACCGAAGGUGCUUCGCUGGAUGCCCUUCAUAUCGUGGAUGAUGUUUGCUAGCGAAGCCAUCUCCGUUGCUCAGUGGGAUGGAAUCGAUUAUUUGGAUUGCGAAGGAAUACCCGACAGAGCCUGUCUACACGAUGGAGAUGACGUUCUUCAACAGUAUUCAUUCGGCCGCCAGCAUUUGCCGUUGGAUUUUAUCGCGCUGAUUGUUCAGUAUUUCCUGUAUCACGGUUUAGCUUUGCUAUUUUUACAUAAGCGGGCUUCAAAGUCUUAAUAAAGAGACUUCAAAGAAAACGUGUGUAAUUAAAAAAAAAAAUAUUGUUCAAGUUCAAAAAGUUAAAAAAAAA